AACUGGGAAUCGGCGCGGCGAAAAGCAAAACCGGGAGAGUCUACGUAGUCUGUAAUUAUAAUCCGGCUGGCAAUGUAAUUCCGGACUUCGCUAAGAACGUGCUUCCCAUGAACAAAUCGGCCAAGAGCGUCAGGAUAAGUGGAGGGUUCCCGGAUGCCGAGGACGAGGAGGACCUUGGCUGGAUCUUUCCUUCCCCUUCCCAGGAGACAGUGGGCAUCCAUCUCGUCCCAAAAAGCGCAAAAGUUGUCAAUUCAAUGGAGCGUCUGUACGCUGUGCCGUCGGAGAAAAUGCGAGUCUGGAGUGUCUGGUUGACUAAGAUAGAAGAAAAAGCGAUCGAGUGGCACCGCUGGAUCUGCACACAUUUGAACCUCAUAUUACGAAUGAGCAGAUACUUGCAGAAAGCCGAAAAAGCCAUAAAACAAGAAGGGGCGAUGGGAGCGACGAGUAGCCAUGACGAAAAGCAAGAGCACAAAGAUGGCGAGAUGAGAGCAGAGGAAGCAUCGAUGCCAGCUGAUUUCGGAGAGAUAUUUGAUGACUCGUCAGAGGAGAUUCGAACACCGAAAGAUCGAGAGAGUGGCCAAUCUCAAAGAGGCACGACCGCAAGAAAAGAAACGUUUGUAGCGGAGACGGAAGAGGCGAAGGCGAAGAGGAAACUUACGAGGAGUGUGGUCUCCGAAAGAAAGUCCAUUCGAAGCGGGAGCGAGCAAGAGAAGGCGGAAAAGAAAUUGGAGAGCGAGCAGGGUAAAGAGGCGAACGACGACUCCGAGAAUAAAAGUAAAGAAAAUAAUGGGGAAGGAGGAGAAAUACUGAGAGACGAUUCGGAAGCAACGGAGGAAGAUGAAACAGAGGAAUUGGAGAAAAUUGCUUGGCCCAUCGGAGUACCCUGGGAACCAGUGGUCCAGGUGGCGAUGGAAGAAACUAAAGUAUCCAAGAAAAAGGAAGAGAAAGUCAAACCCAUUCCAAUACCGGAGAACGAGGAAGAUAUGGAGGAGUUUAUCAAGAGCGUGAAGGAGCAGGCUACCGUUUUUCGCUCCUUGUAUAAACACUGGCGAGAGGUUGGUGAUCAGGCUGUCAACGCGGUCGUUAAUCGGAAGGUCAUGGAUUCUGAGAUCGUUCCAACGGCGGAGGAUAUUCCAUAUUUCUUUUACGUCGACGCCGAGCCUGACAUAGAGAUUGGCGUUGAGCAUGACGAUGAAAAAAUUUUACUCCCUGAUUUGACAAGGGAGAAAAUAGUGUCCGAUUUCACGCCGUUGUACUUCAACCUUGCGGACAAACCGGGAAAGGGUUGAAGAGAUUUAUAGGACACGUUCCGCGGUUCUUGUGUGAUUGCUCUACGAAGGAUUCUCUCUGACACACGUCAGAACGCGGACCGCAUUUUGCCGGAUAAAAAGUAGCUCCCUCCCGACAGCUCAUUCCGUCCUUGAUGGCGAAAAAGCAAAGAGUUUCUCGUCGUUCGCUCGUCCCACCACACAAGCCGAGCCGAAAAUCGAUGAUUCUGCUGUGACCUUUGGCCCUUCCCUCGUUCGUCAAACUUCGAUCCUUAUCGCUCCGUAAUUCAUCGUCCCCACGUGCCAUUUUGGCCGCAAAGACUCAACAGCUAAAGCUCUCGCGCGUUUCGAUCUAUUCCGCUUAACACUCUCCGCGAUAAUAUCUCGGUCACGAUUGUCGAUGCGAAGAGGAAUGUUGAUUCGAUGCCAAAAUAUCCCUCGUCGUCUACGUUUACCCAAAACUUCCAUAUUCAAAUGGUGCAAACUCCCUCUAAUUUAAUCGCGCAUUCUUAAACCAUCUCCACCUGCGUAUACUCGUGUCACAAACCACAACAAGUUUGCCCGAAAUUCACUUAAGCUCCUUUAGCGGCGCUCCCAGUAUUUUCAAACUGUACAGAAACACUAUCCGCACAAAAUCCUUCUCAUGAGAUUUUCAUGAACGAUGAGAAACGCAAAAACACACGCGUAACACGAAGGAGAAAAAACUAAUGCUUCAGAGGACGUGAAAGAGAGAAAAUAAUCAAGAGCUGCUCGUGAAAGAGCGUAUUUAAAAGCUCAUGUGCGAGUAUGUGACGAAGGUAAAUUCGUGCGAAAAAUUGUGACGCAAUUAAAAUUAUUAA